AUGGGGGCAUGUAGACGUGAAGGGUCAGAAAGUGGCCGAGAAAGAUGCUUGUUAUUGAUAAAAGACGAGGUUGACAUGGCAGGAACAAGGUUGAGAACGGCAGGGUGGCUUGUCGUUUGUUUGGAACUGAAAGAGACCUUUCUACUGGUGUGGAAGAGAGAAAAGGCAAAGCAAAUAAAGAAAGAGAAAGACAAGAGACCACCAACGCUGAAUCCCUUCCCUUCUUUGUUUUCUUUACCUCCUCUUUUAUACCUUAAAACACGGUUUGUUAGACAAAAGCCCAAAACUCACUCCUUCAUCAAUCAAACUGUUCGUAGUAACUCUUUCCUCGAAUCCCAAAAAAAGGGUAUGGCAGGAGAGGAUAUUGACUUAUCAAGUUUGACGUUGCAAGUCGGAGAAACUCAGGAAAUGUGGAAGCAGGAGAUGGAAAGGCGACAGUCUCAAGUGGAUGUGUUACAAGUGAAGCUUAUGGAGGUGAAGGCUUGUGUACAAGGGUCGGAGGAAGAUGCGAAGAAGGAUUUAGAGGUUCUUUGGCAAAGAGUGAAAACAAUCACUACGCUGUUGACCUAUUUGAAAUCAAAAGCAAGAGUCAUGGCUGUUCCUGAGUUAGCACAUACAUCAUGUGGAAUAAAGAUAUUAGAAGGAGUGGGACUUGUUGAUAGGAAUGGAACCCCACUGUCCAGUUGGUCUAAGAAUGUUGAUCUCUCUUCAUUUAGUCCAGAUGAAGAAACAUGUAUUAGACUUAGAAAGCUACGAGGAAGCCAUGAUGAACAAGAUGAAGCUUAUAUUGGUGAAUUACUUGAGUCUGUGCAGAUGGUAUCAGAUGUGAUGGAAGGUCUUGUUAAAAGAGUUAUAAUGGCAGAAUCUGAAACUGAACUUGAGAAAGAUAAGGUAACUUUAAGUCAGGAAGAAAUUAGAAGGAAAGCAAUCCAAAUUGAGAACAUGUCUUCAAAAUUAGAGGAGAUGGAGUUGUUUGCUCUGGGUACAAAUGGUAUUCUGAAUGAGAUGCGGCAGAGGGUUGAGGAUUUGGUUGAAGAGACAUCUAGGCAAAGGCAACGUGCCGCUGAAAAUGAGCAAGAGCUUUGCCGAGUGAAAAGGGACUUCGAGUCUCUGAAAUCCUAUGUUAGCAGUCUCAUUAGUGUCAGAGAGACACUUCUUUCAUCAGAAAGGCAAUUUCAAACUAUUGAGAGGCUUUUUGAACGGCUAGUUGCAAAGACAACACAGUUGGAGGGUGAGAAAGUGCAGAAAGAGACUGAGGUUCAGAAACUUAUGGAAGAGAAUGUGAGGCUGAGUGCGCUUCUUGAUAAGAAAGAGGCUCAACUUCUGGCCAUGAAUGAACAAUGCAAGGUAAUGGCCUUGAAUGCUUCAAAUAUUUGA